GGCACAUUCUCUGUUGCUAUUGCUAUGUACCCGUAUGUUUUGGUUAGAGAAUGCAGUCUAGAACAACCAUUCAAACCAUUUUAUUAUAUUCUCGGUCUGUAUGUUUAUUAGGUCUGCAGACAACAGGCUUUUUGACUGUGUAUGUAUUGUAAUUUUCGCAUGUAUAGUGUGGCUACAGUUUGAAUAAAGGUAAUUGACUGUAGUUACACGUGCGCGCAAUUGUCACUGAGUGUCAUGUGAUGGCGCUAAUAACACCAAACGGAAGAGGAGGGGCUACUAUAGCGUUGAAUAAAAGUGAAGAGGCAGCCGGUGCACAAAUUCUAGGUGAUAUUUUGAAAUAUUGAUGUAAUAAUUAGUGAAACCAAUAAGAAAAGUACCAAUUAGAUCGUGCACUAAUACAUGAGACGUUUGUGACUAGAACCACUUGUGUGCUUAGUAUAGCUGUUUUUCACACUCAGAAAGUGCAUGUAGUGUAAAUUCUAGUUACUAGAGUGACGCCUCAAUUUGUUCCUUUACCUGUUCGCUAAUUGGAUACUCAGAAACGUUAGCUCCCAGAUUGUUGUGAUUGCAGCAGCACUCCUUGAGAAGAUGCUAACUUGUUGUCAAGACAAACAAACAAAAGGACAAGAAAAUAAUCCCCUGUAUAUAAUUAAUUACUGUUGCAAGAGGGUACAAACAUGUAGCCAUUGUACAGAUGCUUUCUGAUAGUUGUUGUAAAAGUAGUCAUCAAUAGAAACAUCCACGAAGUUUGACAUGCUUCAUCUCAUUACUAGACUAGAAGGAAGGUUACAUGAAUAGAUUUCGUUAAUGUCUCACAACUUGGAUGGGAUGGGCUUACACUAGCAUUUCGCUGUAAUCUGUACAGUAAGAUAGUGAUCGUGUUAAACACCAAUAACAUCUCCAGUGUUUGUCUAGUGUCUUAAUUAGGGGCUGCCUCUAGCUGCUGGAAGUCAUCUGUAUAUAGAAAUAAUCGCAACUCAACGAGAUAUUCAUAUACUUGUUUCGAGUCUUGGACUAUCUGCUUUUCAUGAGGAUGAAGACACUGCGUGUACAAUUAUUGCUCUCACUCGUGUUCAUACUGUCUACUUCAAGCUAUGCUACAAAGUUGGACCUCGGGCUUACGAAGCACCUCUGCGAGAACGACCCGCCAUACGAACUGAAAUCUUUGUGCAGAUCUAAGUUUGGUGUCACGUGUCCAUCUGAAGUCAAGUUAGGAGACUGGGAAUACACUCUGAUCGAUGCCAACAGCUCGGUCAAUAGUACCGAAGCCAUUUAUUGCCCCGGAGAACAAUUGCUGAAGUACGAAAGACGCACUAAUCUUUUCUCUGUUCCUUCCGAAUGUCGUUCAGGCGUGCGCAUCGAUGCAGAACAACAGUACCGAUGUCCACCUUCUCUACCAGAAAAGGCCAUUCUUCUAGGACGCAUAUUUGGCAGUUUCGGCUCACCUUCAGCCAAUACUCUACACGUGCAACUUCCUGCAGCUGCUGCGACAGAAGACGUGACGCCGUCACAUAGAAGACGAAAACGACACGUCGGGUGCCAAAAUCUCAUCGACCUCGCCAUUCUCAUCGAUUCUUCUGGCAGCAUUUCGAGCACUAACUUUUCCAAAGCCCUCGACGAUUUGGCCUCACUGAUAAGAUACACUUGCAAUGACUUCACGUGUGAUAGUGGUCCACGGGUUAACUUGGCUCUGGUGACGUUCGGGUCUACAAGUUCUACAAUCUUUAACUUCGCCUACUCGAAAAAUUACCAUGGCAGCCUCGAUAGCAUGGUAAGCAGCAUCUACAGAGCAACAUACUUAGGCGGAAGCACUCAAAUGGCGACGGCUCUAAACUACGUCAAUAACUACAUUUUUAAUUCCUACAGGGGUAUGAGAGAAUGCAGUGAGAGAAGGCUCAUUGUACUAACUGACGGUCAUAUUUUCGAUCAGGCAAACGUCCGAGCAGCGACUGCAAGCUUGCACAACAAUAAGAAGGUGGACGUUUACGCUUUUGGCAUUGACAGGGUAUCCAAAACUGGACUGCGAGAUCUCGUGCGCCUUAGCACCGAGACCAGCAACAACAUUCUGCCUUACUUAUCCUACCCGAGUUAUCUUGCCUUUACAUCGGCAGUUGAAUAUAUUGCGGACUUAAAUAAUUACUAUGGCACAACCUGCCGUCAUUCUGCUCUCAAGAAAUGAUCGAGCAGUGAACAAUGAGUGACUAGACUAGUACCUGUUGGUAGCUACAGUCGUAUGAUUUUGUGUUUCGUUCUUGGUUUGAAAAUCGCAAUUUGUUGCGGUGCGUGUUGUAAUCAAACAAGAUUCAAGUUAUAAAAAAUCAA